AUGAAUCCAAAAACUCUUGAACUCUUGAAUUCUAUCAAUGCAAACUUCGGGCUGAACCUAGAGCCUGUGAUUGAAGAAUUCAAUCGUAGCUCAAUCUCCGAUAUGACGGAAGAGCAAGAAUUCCAACUCCUUACAAUGGCCAUCCGUCCUCUAAUCGAAGUCGAACCUGACUACACUUACUUAGCUGCCCAAGUGGAAAAUGCAAAGCUGAACUUAGAAGUCAUGCGAACCAUUGGCCUAACUGACAAUGCAGACGAAUGCGUAGCCUUUAUCGACAUGAUUCACUUCGGGGUGGAAAAUCGUCGUCUAGCUCCUGAGCUGAUUAGCCUAUUUGAUCUGCCGCGUCUAGCCGAGCAAAUCCGACCUGAGCGCACAGAGCUUCUGACGUAUCUAGGCUUGCAAACUCUGUAUGACCGCUAUCUGUGUCACCAUAACGAAAAACGAAUUGAAACAAUCCAAGGUUUCUUCAUGCGCGUUGCGAUGGGUUUGUCUAUUCAGGAAGAUGACCCGACAACACGUGCUAUUGCAUUGUACCACAUGUUCUCGUCUCUUGACUAUGUUCCGUCUACUCCGACUCUAUUCAAUGCUGGCACUCUACACAGUCAAUUGUCUAGCUGCUUCCUACUGACUAUCCCUGAUGAUCUAUAUGGCAUCUACGGUCGUAUGCGUGACAAUGCAAUGCUCUCUAAAUGGGCUGGCGGUCUAGGCAAUGACUGGACUCCAGUGCGUGCAUUGAAUUCAUAUAUCGAAGGCACCAAUGGUAAGUCGCAAGGCGUAGUGCCAUUCCUCAAGGUAGCCAACGAUACUGCUGUAGCUGUUAACCAAGGCGGGGUUGAAAUGUUCGAAAUCAAAGUGAGUGCUCAAGAGCAAGACCGUGAAGGUAUCUCGCCUCCACACGUCCUCAUGCCUAAGGAAGAGCGCAAGUUGUGGAUUCUCCGUUGGAUCAAAGAGCACAAGGAAAUGUCUCUUUCUUUUCCUGAUCGUCAGGCAGUCGAGGAAUAUGUUAAAGCGACUGGGGUGCGUCUAUCGGGCAAUGGGGAGUGCUCUGAUCUAAAGACCUGCAUCAAAGAGAUGGUUCAAGCGAAGUACAUCAAACUUGAAUAUAUCCGAAAGACAUGUCAAAUCGCGUAUGGGGAGAAGAAAGGCUACUAUGCGUACAUUCCUGAUAUUGUUUGGAUUGGAAGAAAGGAAAGCAAAAAGAUGAAAGGUUUACAAGAAGGUGCAUACGUAUUAGGUACUCAAUGGGCUGAUGGAGAUUCUCGUGAGCCGUGGGCAAUCGGAUACUUUGCAGGAGUCUCUAGCACAGGCAAAUAUAAGAUUCGUAUGGAGACGGGUAAGAUCUCUGAGCAUGAAUUUAGCGUAUGCAAAGAAAUCACUCAAGAGCAAGCUCAACGGGUACUAAAUCACAAGAAUAAAAUAAACGAUAGUCCCGUGUCUUUAUGGAAGUACAUCGACUCGAAGGAAGAGCAACUGCUACAACAUAAGGAAUUACUGACGUCUAAAGGAGUACAAGUUACUCAUAUCGUGGCUAUCGAUGUUGGAAGUUGCAUAGGAAAGGAUAAUCAACUUCAAUGGGACGUCAAGCCGGACAUGAAACGCUUCUCUCAAAUGACUAGCGGUCACGUCAUCCUCAUGGGACGAAAGACGUUUGAAUCCUUGGGCCGAGUUCUUCCUCGUCGUGAGCACGUUGUCUUGACACGUGACGAAGAAUAUGCUGUUCCUGAGGGCGUGACUGUGGCGUACAAUUUAGAGCAAGCCCUCAACAGUUGUCUUGGGCUGAUCAAGCGCAAAGACCUUCCAAAGAACAUUUAUGUGAUAGGCGGAGCUGAGAUCUACAACAUGACAAUGCCUCUAGCAGACAAGCUGGAAGUCACUCACGUUCAAACACACGUAAAGGACGGCGAUGCGUUCUAUCCUCAUAUCCCUAAAGACAUGCAAUCUACCUCAUGGGUCAACUACAAAGAAGACCUUGAGACCAACACCCCUGCAUAUAGCUUUGCAACUUACGAGUAUGUAAAGUAA